AGUUUUUCCUUUCUCCGCAGCUCUACUCCCCCAGCAACGCUCACCACACCCUUGUUUUGAGAACCUCACUAAGGCACUAGAAGGCAGGAAGAAAAGAAAGGAGGGAGCAUCUGAAGCAAGCAUCCCGAAGGCAUUUCUUCAUAGUUAUGAUGCCCUUCACAUCAGUUCAGUGCACCUAGUCCAGAAGACAAACAGAAGCAGAUUAAGCUCUUGCCAGCAUCCAGCCAUGGGGGAUAUGAAAACCCCAGAUUUUGAUGACCUUCUGGCUGCCUUUGACAUCCCAGAUCCCACGAGUCUUGAUGCCAAGGAGGCCAUCCAGACUCCUAGUGAGGAGAAUGAGAGUCCCCUGAAGUCUUCAGGCAUGUGUAUGGAUGAGAAUGUGUCCUUGUCUCACUCAGGAUCAGCCCCAGAUGUGCCGGCCGUGAGUGUCAUUGUCAAGAACACCAGCCGCCAAGAGUCAUUUGAAGCAGAGAAAGACCACAUUGCUCCUAGUCUCCUACACAAUGGAUUUCGGGGCUCAGACCUGCCUCCAGACUCCCACCACUGUGGGAAGUUUGAUUCUGCUUUCAUAAAUGGAGACAGUACUAGGAGUUUCACGAGCAAGCUAGAGGCCUCCAAGUCGGAGCCAUUACCUACCUUCAACCAGUUCAGCCCAAUCUCUAGCCCAGAACCCGAGGAUCCUGUCAAAGAUAAUGGGUUUGGGAUAAAGGCCAAGCACUCUGAGAGUUAUUUCCCACCUCCUCCCGGGGCUGUGGGGGGCCCAGUCCUGGAAGCUCUGUCUAAGUUCCCAGUCCCAGAGCUACACAUGUUUGAUCACAUUUGUAAGAAAGAACCCAAACCAGAACCCUUGCCUUUGGAGAGCCAGCCGGAGCAGGAGCAGGAGCAGGUUGGGCAGAAGGUGGUGGAGCCUCACAAAGGUCUGGAUACCAGUCGGUUCUUUGGGGAAGCUUUAGAAUUCAAUAGUCACUCUAGCAACAGUAUUGGAGAAAUCAAGAAGCUGGCUCCAGAGCUUAGUGCUUGCUCCUCUGUCCCCCCUAGGCAGCGUCUGAAGCCAGCCCAUUCCAAACUCUCCUCUUGUGUUGCAGCCUUGGUGGCCCUACAGGCCAAAAGGGUGGCCAGUGUUGCCAAGGAGGAUCAGCCUGGUCACACAAAGGAUUCCUCAGGGCCCACUAAAGAGGGUUCUAAAGGCAGCCCCAAAAUGCCCAAGUCACCAAAGAGUCCCCGGAGCCCUCUGGAGGUCACUAGAAAAAGUAUCAAGCCAUCAGACAGUCCUCGGAGCAUCUGCAGUGACAGUAGCAGCAAAGGGUCCCCUUCUGUGGCUGCCAGCUCCCCACCAGCAAUUCCCAAAGUUAGAAUCAAAACAAUUAAGACAUCAUCAGGGGAAAUCAAACGGACUGUCACAAGGAUCCUGCCAGACCCUGAUGACCCAAGUAAGUCCCCUGUUGAGUCACCUGUAGGGAGCACCAUUGCUGAGGCCCCAAGUGAGAUGGCAGGGGAUGAGGGCAUAGCCAUGCCUACGGAAGAGCACUUUCCUGAGGCAGGCAUAAAUUCAGGGAGCCCCCAGGGUGACAGGAAAGGGGAUGAGAGCAUGAUAAAGGCCAGUGACUCUUCAUCUCCCUGCCGCAUCUCUGGGCCCCGGGUCUCAAAAGGAGCUGCCCUGAACUCGCAGGCAACAAAGAAGCAACAGAGCACAGCACUUCAGACAUCAACCCCGGCCCCUGCCAGUCUCUUGCCCAAAGCUGUGCACUUGGCCAACUUGAACCUGGUCCCCCACAGUGUUGCUGCAUCUGUGACUGCCAAGUCCUCAGCACAGAGACGGAGCCAGCCUCAGGUCACACAAAUGACAGUGCCCCUGGUCCACCAGGUGAAAAAGGCCGCCCCUCUGAUUGUGGAGGUCUUCAACAAGGUCCUUCACAGCUCCAACCCUGUGCCCCUCUAUGCGCCAAAUCUCAGUCCACCUGCAGACAGCAGAAUCCAUGUGCCGGCCAGUGGCUACUGCUGCCUGGAGUGUGGAGACGCGUUUGCCUUAGAGAAGAGCCUGAGCCAGCACUACAGCCGGCGGAGUGUCCACAUCGAGGUGCUGUGCACACUGUGCUCCAAGACACUGCUCUUCUUCAACAAGUGCAGCCUGCUUCGGCAUGCCCGUGACCACAAGAGCAAGGGGCUUGUCAUGCAGUGUUCUCAGCUGCUUGUGAAGCCCAUCUCCGCAGACCAGAUGUUUGUGGCGGCUCCUGUGAAUUCCUCGGCACCAGCAACCCCAGCAGCUUCUUCCUCCCCUAAACCCAGCCCUCCUUCCAGCUAUGCCAGCCCUGUAAUUCCAGCCUUGCCGCUUUACCCAGACCCGGUGAGGCUCAUCCGGUAUGGAACCAAGUGUCCUGAGUGUCACAAGCAGAUGCGAGACUAUAUGGUCCUGGCUGCACAUUUCCAGAGGAUAACAGAGGAAACCGAGGGGCUAACUUGCCAGGUAUGCCAGAUGCUGCUGCCAAACCAAUGUAGUUUCUGCGCACACCAGCGGAUUCAUGCGCACAAGUCCCCCUACUGCUGCCCGGAGUGUGGCGUCCUCUGCCGCUCUGCUUACUUCCAGACUCACGUAAAGGAGAAUUGUCUGCACUAUGCCCGGAAAGUGGGCUACAGGUGCAUCCAUUGUGGUGUCAUCCACCUGACUUUGGCCUUGCUGAAAAGCCACAUCCAGGAGCGACACUGCCAGGUUUUCCACAAAUGUGCAUUCUGUCCCAUGGCCUUCAAGACUGCCAGUAGUACGAUGGACCACAGUACCACCCAGCACCCCACCCAGCCCCACAGACCCUCCCAGCUAAUUUAUAAGUGCUCCUGUGAAAUGGUCUUCAAUAAGAAGAGGCAUAUCCAACAGCAUUUUUACCAGAAUGUCAGCAAGACACAAGCGGCUGUCUUCAAGUGCCCUGAGUGCCCACUCCUGUUUCUGCAGAAGCCAGAAUUAAUGCAGCACGUCAAGAGUACCCACGGUGUUCCCCGGAACGUGGAUGAGCUGUCAAGCCUCCAGUCUUCAGCGGACACGGCUUCUAGCCGCCCUGCUUCUCGUGCUGCCACUGAGCCUCCAGCCACAAGUGGAGCUGCUAGAGGCAGCUCGCUGACUGCUGGCCGCUGGGGCCGGCCAGAAGCCCACCGCAGAACUGAAGCAAGGCCACGGAUGAGGAACACUGGUUGGACCUGCCAAGAGUGCCAGGAGUGGGUCCCUGAUAGAGAGAGCUAUGUGUCCCACAUGAAAAAGAGCCAUGGUCGGACACUGAAGCGGUACCCAUGCCGGCAGUGUGAACAGUCCUUCCACACUCCCAGCAGCCUGCGCAAACACAUACGCAACAACCACGACACAGUAAAAAAGGUCUACACUUGUGGGUACUGCACUGAGGAUAGCCCCAGCUUUCCUCGACCCUCUCUGCUAGAGAGCCACAUCAGCCUUAUGCACGGUAUCAGAAACCCUGAUUUGAGCCAGACGUCCAAAGUCAUACAACCAGGUGGACAUUCCCCUCAGGUGAACCAUCUGAAAAGAGCAGUCAGCAGAGUAGCAGACGCUCCAGGCACUAGCAAUGGCGCAACUGUUCCCUCUACCAAAAGGCACAGGUCCGUAUUUCAGUGUGCAAAGUGCAGCUUUGCCACAGACUCAGAGCUCGAAUUCCAGAGCCACAUACCUCAGCACCAGGUGGACAGCUCCACAGCCCAGUGUCUCCUCUGUGGCCUGUGCUACACGUCUGCUAGUUCCCUCAACCGCCACCUGUUCAUAGUCCACAAAGUGAGAGACCAGGAGGAGGAAGAGGAGGAAGAAGAGAUUGUGGAAGUGAAGGUGGAAGCCACAGACCCAGAGGCAUGCUCUGCAGAGGAGGUGGCCAUGGAGACUAGAGAGAAUGGACUGGAAGAAUGUGCCAGUGACCCUUUGGUGGCUGACCUAAAGCCAAGGAGGUCGCUAGGCCUGACUCUGGACGAAUACAGUGCCCAAGCCCCUCAGAAUCAACCACAGGCCUCUCAGGACCAGAACAGCCAUGCACUAUCUCCUCAGGUGUGACCAGAGGCCUUGUAGCCAUCCGUCAGGCUGUCGUGCCCUCCACCUGCUGUGCAGACUGUGGGAAAUAAAAAGCUCUGCCCCAGUGUUUGUGUGGCCACUGUGCUCUGGAACAGUGUCUGUUCUGAGCUGUAGGUUCUGGCUGUCUCCCAGCCCCAGAAAAUGUGGGGUCACCCAGAAUCCCUCAUAGCUCUGAAUUUGUUUCUGUUAUUUAUGGCUUAAUGCUGCUUCUUGUACUCCAAUUCUCAUUCACGUCUUUCCAUCCCCAGGCUCCUUAGGUAGUGCAACCCCAGUGCUGUCAACUCAGCUUGCAACUUCUCAGUAGCUGUGCUCUGGGCUCCCUACCUGCUGUGUUCAGUUGGAGACACCUCAGAGUUCUAUUUCCCUGCAGACACCAGCUCUCCUUCCUGCCUUCAGAGCCCACAAAGGAGGGGAAUGAAGGGUGCUGGCCGUUCCUCUGGGAACUCAAGCCCAGCCUGGCUUGGUGAGGUCCCUUGCUCGGCCUUUCCUUCCUGUCUUUUUUUGAUUCUUUUCCCCAGAAACAUCCUGAGGACUUCUCCUGUCACACUGAUCAUGUCUCUGUGGGUGGGAGAAAUGGCAGUACACUCCUAUGUGGAACUGAGGAAAACAUGAAGUAUGGUUAAGGCAGGCAGGUGCCAAGAGCCAGACCCUCUGUGGGGUCUGUGCCGGGUCUUCCUUCUGCUGCUGUCCUGCAACCCCUGACAGGCGGGGUGUGGACACACAGACAUUGGGAUGUUUGUAUUCUUGCUCCUGUGCCAUUAGGGAGGCUGCUGCCUCAGGUAGGCCAGCCCUCCUCCUCUCAGCUACAUUCUUGUUGCUCAGACCAUAUUUCAAUAAAAAAAAAAAAAAAAUCUUAUCAUG